AUGGCUAUCGAUACCAGCUCAACUAUGCAGGAGCAGAAAGCACGCUUCUAUAGUGACGUCAUUGACGAGGACCAAUCCAUGUGUCUCAUCUUUUGGUUCCACAUGUACGGAGCACACGUCGGAACGCUCAACGUUGGCUAUGGGGACGUGACCGGAAUUCCAGUCGGGCCUGCAAUCUGGACCAGGUUGGGGGAACAGAGCUACAACUGGCUAUACGGCCAUGUAGCCAUCGGACCCACCCCGACCAAUCCUCGUGUCUUCUUUGAAGGGAUAGCAGGAGACGGUAACCAAGGUGAUAUCGCCAUUGAUGACGUCAUCGUUGUAAACGGUUCAUGCCCUGCAUUGCUAUACUGUGACUUCCAGUCUAGUGAUAUGUGCGGGUACACCAACGAUGAUGAGGCGAGAUUGCAAUGGACGAGGGAUCGAGGUCUCUCCGCCGUCUCCGGUCCGUACGUCGAUCACUCCACCGGCACAGCUGAUGGUUUCUACAUAAGAGUAAAAUCGGGUCAGUUCCCACGGAGGGGUGAUCAGGGGAUCUUGACCUCUCUGUCUUACCCAAGACCAAUCAGUGGAUAUAGGUGUUUGGAAUUCUGGUAUAUGAUGAAUUAUGAUGUGGGCGACUUAACAGUCGAUGCGAUAUUCUUGGAUUUGAACCUAUUUGAAGUAUCAACUGUAUCUCAAACAUUUACGGGUCCAACAGGUGGCUUCUGGCGGAAGGGAUCGAUGGAGGUCGAGACCUACCAAGAGAAUCUCUUCCGGUUCACAUUGACCGUUCAAAAUACGCUAUCCGGGGCCUAUGUUGCUAUUGAUGACAUUUUCGCUAAAGGGGAGAAGUGCGCGGGACAGCUAGGGUCAUGCGAUUUCGAGAUCGACACGUGUGAUUGGUCGAAUACGCAGAACCAUGACGAGAUUGACUGGCUACGACACAGCGGCUCUACGGGCAACGAACAAGGUAGCCCUGACUACGAUCACACCACCGGCACUCCGUCGGGCUGGUACAUGUUCAUCGACUCGUCUCUUAGCACCUUCGGUUCACGGGCGAGAUUGGAAUCGACGGGACUGGAUACGGGUUCGUCCUCGGUCUGUUUCAGUCUGUGGUACCAUAUGUCUUGCGGUGGGGAUAGCCAGAAUACUUUGAGCGUUGCCGGGGAAACUGCAUCAGACUCGUUCAGCCUUUGGUCAUUCACAGGUGUUACGAAUGCAGAGUGGAUUAAUAAACAAAUUAGCUUCGUCCAUUCUAUAUCGUACAGACUUUUGAUUGAAGGCACACUUGGAGCAUCCUCUCUUUGUGACGUAGCCAUAGAUGACCUGUCCUUCUACGAGGGCGCCUGCGACGGUGGGGGCACGCCAGCCCCGCCUUUCGAGUGUACAACAGGCGAGGAGGUGAUUAACAGUCAAAAGAUAUGUGACAUGCAUCCUGAUUGUGCAGACGGGUCGGACGAGCUCAAUUGCGGAAUCUGCAACUUUGAGGAAAGUCAAUGUGGCUAUACAACCGAUCCCACCGGUCUCUACCCAUGGAUGCGCUAUGGUGAUAAUGUCCCAACCACCCCACCCCCAACCCUUGUCCUUCCGGUGAAGAACCCGUUGACUUCAAACCGAACGUACAUGAUUGUUGACAAUACAGCGAUGCCAGGCGAUGGGGCUGAGAACUCGCGAUUGGUCAGUCAGGUGAUUCAAGAAGUCAGCUCUGAAUGCAUCAUUGAGUUUUCCUAUUACCUCUCCGGGUUAGAUACUCUGAUGGUAUCCUACACGACGAGCCGUGAGGAGGAGACAAUCCUCUACCGAGCUGCUCGUCCUCGUACUGGCUCCUGGCAGCUAGCCAUCCUAUCCGUGGGACGGAUCAGAAACCCAUUCCAGUUCAACUUCUUAGCAACGCACUAUAUCGGCGGGAGCCCAGGAGUAACAGCCGUUAGUGACGUCACACUCGUAAGAUGCGAGUUCCCUGACACGCAGGAGACGUGCAUUGGCGAGUUCAGCUGCUCCAAUAGGGCUUGUGUUUUCUACGAUACCGUGUGCGACUUCACUGAUGAUUGCGGCGACUAUUCGGAUGAAAUCAUGUGCGAUCCUGAGAGGCACAUGGCCAGAUGCGACUUUGAGACCAGCCUCUGCUCCUUUACCCACCUAGCCAGCGACUAUCCGUGGAUCCGAACUGCCGGUGUCCAUGUACCCGAUAAACAGUACGCACCAACCCGAGAUCAUACGACCAACGCUAGAGGGGGGUACUACAUGCUGGCCGAGGCCUUCGGGAGAAGAUCGGGGGAAGUCGCGAGGCUCGCUUCGCCGGUCUUCCUAGAAACGGGCAUUGCGUCAACUUGCACUGUUCGUUUCUACCUGUUUGGUAAUGGACCAGACGUUGGAACCUUAAACAUCUACACCAGAACGACCAAUGGGGGCGCUCUAAACCUCGUGCGGAGCUUAGCGAACUUUGCAAUUGACAGUUUCACCUUUAUCGAGGAGUUUCUGAUUGUUCUGGAUAAUUUCCAAGUCGUCAUUGAAGCAAAGGUCGGCGAAGGUCCCGAAGCUGCUAUCGCCAUCGAUGACAUCAGUUUCUUGAACUGUGACCUCUCCGCUGAGCCUCUCCCCAUCGGGUCGACGACCCCCGGCCCGAGUACGCUGGCACCCUGUCCAAACGAGGACGACUUCCAGUGCGGUGACGGGCAGUGCGUAGCUGGCGAUGACGUGUGCGAUUUCCUAACGCAGUGCUCUAACGCUAUGGACGAGAGAUUUUGCGGCAAUUGUGAGUUUGAUGUGGAUUUAUGCGGUUCGACUAACUUCGGUUGGCGUCGAAGGGAAGCCGGAUCGGAUCCGGAUUAUCUCCCAACCGAUCACUUCCUGAACCCGACAGAACCCGGGUACUACUUAGAAAGCAGCUAUGGAGUCAACACGCUGACCACGCCCCUGAUAGGCCCAACCGGUCCGAACUGCUCUGUCGAGUUGUAUUACUAUAUGAGCAACUCCUCCGCCCAGCUAGAGCUGAGAGUCUACGUGUUAUCUGGGCCUUCCCUCGCCCUCUUCACCGGCCGAGAUUCUGCGAACCGAUGGGAGAAGGCGACGGUGGUUGUCGGGCAAUUCACUUUUAGCAUAAAGCUUGCUUUCGACCAUAUAUAUCUGCUGCCUCCUAACGGGGAGUUUAUGGCCCUAGACGGUAUAUCAUACAUACAAUGCGAGGAACCGCAAUUCCCAACUACAACGCCCAAAGCGACUACUACCCCCAUCCUAAUAUCACCUAGUCAGUCCCUUACAACCAGUGGAUCUAAACCCACAACGAGAGGCAUACGACCUACCACACGACCUACCACCCAGUCAACUAGCAGUAAACCCGAACGUACAACUAGCGGUGUAGAAACAACAGUGGGAGAGAAUCUGCCGUCAAACUCUCCGAAUACCGCACUGAUCGCCUCUCUGUCUGUUGUUUUCGGAGUUAUGCUUUUAGUGCUUGUCGUUUUAUCUCUCAUUUUCUGGAAGAAAAAGCGAACAAGUUUUUCAGAGGGCUUGGACAAUCCUAGUUACAGCAAAAAUUCUGAUUCCAUUCACGUAAGUAUAUGGGGAGGGGUCGUGUUCGCCACAAAUGCGAACAAGAGCGACUACGAAUUAUAG